AUGGCAGAGACGUCGGCCGCUCCAGCCAAAGCAAAGCGGGCGUCGAAACCAAAGAAACCCGCAUCGCAUCCAAAGUACUCUGACAUGAUUAAAGCGGCUAUUGUUCACGACGCGAGUCGGAACGGAGCGUCCCGUCAGUCCAUCCAGAAGUACGUGAGGAAGAACUACAAAGUGGGCGACAACGCCGAUGUCCAGAUCAAGAUGGCCCUGAAGAGGCUGGUGGCGUCCGGGAUGCUGCGCCACACCAAAGGCAUCGGCGCGUCCGGGUCCUUCCGGCUCACCAAGCCGGAGGACUCCAAAAAGCCCCCCGUCAAGGCGCCGACUGCGGCCAAGCCCAAAAAAGUGGCCAAACCCAAACCCAAAAAGGCGGCCAAGCCCAAGAAGGUGACCAAGACGCCCGAGAAGCCCAAGAAGGCGGCCGUCAAAAAAGUGAAGAAGGUCGCAAAGAAGGCGACACCUGCGAAAACCAAGAAAGCGCCGGCGAAGAAGCCCAAAGCGGCCAAAGCCAAGGCGAAACCAGUGAAGAAGACGGCCAAGCCCAAGGCCAAGACACCCAAGAAGACUGCGAAGACUUCCAAAAGGAAGUGAACGGACUUUCUGAGACUCACUGUAAAUACUUGAGGAUUUUUUUUUGUAUAUGUAUUAUUUUUGUAAGAUUUCAUGCAAAAAGUCUGUUUAUACCUGUAGUUUUUUCCUCCAUCCGUUGCAACAUCAAUAGACUGUAAAACUAACUGUGGACAUUUUCAUUCUGUUGAUAUUCGAGUCCGAGGAAAAUGUGUACAUUUAUAUAUAUAUAUAAAAUAUACAGCUGAACUAAUGAGUAGUUAUUUUUGGUGCUCAACAAUAACUAUUCAAACAUCCCAACGUGUUAAAAACUAUUUGCAAUGUAUGUCAAUAAAAACAACUUCAACUUGUCCUCAUUUUA